AUGCUGGGUCGAAGAUCUUUCACACUGUUGCUCAUUGGUUUCGUGGUAUCCGAGGAAAUAGAUCACAUGUUUAGUCUCUGGUCGAAAGGUUCCGGAUCGAGCGCUGGAGGAAAUAACAACAUUCCAUCUUUAUCUCGCCAACAGACAGGUCUUGGCAAAGAUGAUGUGAUAUUCGAAUUGUAUACUUUGAAAAACAAAGACACACCGCAAAUUCUGUCGAUAGAUAACAUUACGUCGAUCACCAAAUCGAAUUUCAAUAAAAAUGUGCCCACACGCUUCGUAAUUCACGGAUAUCUCGAAUAUAAUGGAAAAUUGAAACGAAUCAUCAAUGAUGCUUACCUAUCGAAAGCUAAAUUCGACGCAAACUUGAUUGCCGUAAACUGGGAAAAAUUUUCACAAACAUUUAAUUACAUUGCAGCUCGUAGCAAAGUAAACUCGAUUGGUAUCCAUGUUGCAGCUAUGAUUGAUUACAUGGUGAAAAAUCAUCUCGCUUCCAUCAAUGACAUAAGUUUAAUAGGAUUCUCAUUGGGUGCUCAUAUUGCGGGAAUUGCUGGAAAGAAUGUAAAAUCUGGAAAAUUGCCAAAAAUUAUUGGUUUGGAUCCAGCCGCUCCACUGUUCUCUUUGGAUAAACCUACUGAACGUUUGAAUCGUGGGGAUGCAAAAUUUGUUGAAGUCAUUCACACCAACGGCGCAUUCUUAGGAAUAGAAAAUCCAAUCGGAACGGUUGACUUCUAUCCAAAUACUGGUUUGAAACAACCCGGCUGCUCGAAUGAUCUACUUGGCAGAUGCUCACACUGGCGUGCAGUUGAAUAUUUCGUUGAAAGUAUUUACUCGCCUAUUCAAUUCUACGCAUAUCCAUGCUCCUCAUUCGAUGAUAUGAAAAAAAGGAAUUGCAAAGGCCAUGGAUUGAAAAUGGGUGGAAAGCCGGGCAAUAAGAAUGCUGAGGCCAGCAUUUAUUACUUGACUACGAAUUCCGAAUCGAUUUUUGCCCGCGGUGAAUCAAACCAACACUCAUUCACAGGAAUACACGGUUAA